CGGCUCCCGAAGCCGAAGCGGUCCCCGCCGAGGACAUGCCGUUCGCGCAGCUCUGCGACUUGCUUGAGCGUCUGCAUAAGAAGAAGAAAGAACGCCCGGAGCAGGAUAAGAUACUGACGGCCUUCUUCGACGAGUUUAGGCUGGAGGCUGCCGGGAUCACUGGGAAAAAGAACUGCAGCCUGUUCCCCGUGAUGCGCCUUCUGCUUCCGGCGCUGGACCGCGAGCGAGGCGCCUACCACCUCAAGGAAACCUCUUUAGGGUCCACUCUAGUCAGAGUGCUGGCUCUGCCGCCGACUUCCCCUGAUGCGCUGCGCCUGACGAGCUAUCGCUCCGUCGGCAACGCACAGGACAGCGAUCUCGCUGGCGUGGCUUACUUCGUUCUGAAGAACCGCCUCGCGCGCCAGCCCGGCUCGCUCACGGUGAAGGACGUCAACGAGGUGCUGGACAAGAUCGCCAACGCGCAGGUCGGCGGGAAGGCGAGAGUGCUGGACGAGGCAUUCGGCGCGGUGUUCCGUCAGCUGAGCGCCGAGCAGCUGAAGUGGUUCCUGCGAAUGGUGCUGAAGGACCUGCGGCUGCGGAUCGGGCACGCGAGGCUCCUCGCCGCCAUGCACCCUGACGCGCCCGAGUACUAUGACUCUUGUAGCAACCUGCUUAAGACCUGUUCGGAGUUGGAGCCGGGCUCGACGCGCCCUCUCGAGCUCGGCGUGCAAGUGUUCUGCGCCGUCAGCCCCAUGUUGUCAGAGCGCCUCGACGUGACGCGCGUGUUGCAGUUACCACCUGCAGAUUACAUUGUCGAGGAUAAGUUCGACGGCGAACGGUUUCAGAUCCACAUGCAAGCCGGCGUGUUCGAGUACUUCUCCCGCAAGGGGCACUCGUACGGGCAACACUACGGCACCGGCGACGGCCGCGGCCUGCUCACUCCGCGCCUGCGCGCCGGGCUCGCGCCGGGAGUUGAAAGUGUGGUGCUGGACGGAGAGAUGAUGGGCUGGCACAAGCAGCGCCAGCUCUUUGGGAGCAAGGGCAUGUCCUUCGACGUGAAGAACUUGACUGUAAACUCGGCCUUCCAACCGUGCUUCUGCGCCUUCGACGUGCUGCAGCACAACGGGCGGGGCCUGGCGGGCCCGGCCGGCGCGCCGCUGCGCGCGCGGCUGGCGCUGCUCGACGCCAUCGUCGCCGACGUGCCGGGAGUGUUGCUGCGAACCAAGCGCCGACCACUCAAUGACCUUUCGGAGAUCCUGGAGGCGCUGAACAGAGCGAUCGAAGACCAGGAAGAAGGUAUCGUGGUGAAAGACCUGGACUCACUCUACCUGGCCAACCGCCGCAACGCCGGCUGGUAUAAGGUCAAACCCGAGUACACGGAAGGCACGAUGGUGGAGCUGGAUCUAGUGGUGGUCGGCGCGGAGGAAGCGAGCGACAAGCGGCGCGGCCGCGCGCGCAGCUUCCACGUGGCCUGCGCGGACGCCGCGCCCGGGCGCCCUCGCCGCUGGGUGGUGGUGGGUCGCGUGGGCACGGGGCUCACGUUGGAGCAGCGCGAGGCGCUGUGUGCGGCGCUGCAGCGACACUGGGUGCCGAGGGGGCGCGCGCCGCCGCCCGCCUGCCUCGUCUUUAACAAGGAGAAACCCGACUUCUGGGUCAUGCCGGAACAUUCCGUCAUUUUACAAGUGCGCGCCACGGAGCUGGUCCGCAGCACGGAGUCCGGCACGUCGCACACGCUGCGGUUCCCGCGCGUCACCGCCGUGCGCGACGACAAGCCCCCGGCGGACGCCAUGACCCUCGCCGAGUUCGACGCGCUGGUCAAGGACGGGUCGGUGGUGAAGCUGGGCAAGCGGGCGGUGUCGGCGGCCGCGCUGCAGCCGGGCGCGCCGCCGCCGCGCCGCCGCCGCGCGCCCGAGGUGUCCGCGCACUGCCGCGCCACACCUGCACAGGACCUAGAGGUGGUGUCGGCGGCGCUGAAGGGGCGCGAGGUCUGCGUGGUGUCGGGCGACGAGGCCGGUAGCAAGGCCGAGCUCGUGCGGCUGGUGCGGGCCCACGGCGGCCGACACGUCGAGAACGUAGGCCCCUCGACGUGGUGCUGCGUGGCGGGCCGGAGGGUGUUCCGCGCGCACGCGGCGCGGGCGCGCGACGUGGACAUCGCCUCCGCCGCCUGGCUGCGCUCGCUGCCGCCGUCUAACGAGCCCGCGGAGCUGACGCCGCUGGACUUGCUGACGGCCAGCACGAGCACCAAGCUCAACAUGUGCCACCGAUACGACCGCUUCGGGGACAGCUAUGUGGAGGCCACCGAUGAGGAGACGCUGCGGCGAUGCUUCGCAAAGGUGGACGAGGAGCCCGAGCUGCACCUGACCCGCGCCGAGCUGCUGCGCCUCGACCGCGCGCUCUUCGGCGACCGGCACCCCUUCUCCUUCCUCCGCAACUGCGCCCUCUACUUCCCCACCCCCACCCCCACCCCCCCCGCCAACGCGAUCAUCGCCCGGAUGUACGGAGCCAGCGUCGUAGAACCUCACGACGACACUUUAACACACGUAGUUCUGCCGCGGGGUUCGGAUAAGACGGACGUUACGCGCGCGGAGCGGAUCGGGAGAGGGUCGGUGGUCUCCGAAGAUUGGUUGGACGCCUGUGUGGAAGAGCGGGAGUAUGUCAAUGAGAAGCCGUUCUUGUUCAACAGUAUAGACUUGUAUGUGCCUUAGCUUAU